GAAGAACAGAUGUUUUUGUGAAAGUUAGUAUGUCUGACUUAACACACCAGCAGGUGUCUGUAUAGACACAACACACCCAGUUGGCAAACAGGGAGGCCUAUUUGUUUUGCUGUAUGUAUAUACGCUUAGCUACACCAGGUAAGCUGUGGAGUUAGAAAACUGAGACGACAUUAACAGAUGCCACUUCCCUGUAAGACUUCUUCUACUCUGAAAAAGAAGUCAUUCUGAACGACGGUUACAUGUUUGACAUUUGGAGGCAGUGUUGAUCGGGGGCAGAGAAAAUGGGGCAAAAACCAUCGCAACCGUUGGCUCUAAAGGACAGCAGAGAGGUUCACCAAGUCUGUGAGGUGGUCAGUGGAGCUAUUGUGCAUGCUGCUGGGAAGCUGCAGGGGUAUCUUGGAUUUGAAGACCCUCUGAGCAAUCUGUGCCCGGCUCCGAGCACUCUGAUCGAGAUUUUCUUAAUCCACUUCGUCACUUUCUGCCGAGAAAAGGGAGUUGAUGGGUGGCUCACCACCACCAAGAUGACCAAGCACCAAGCCCUGCUGUUUGGGGUGGACUGGGUUUGGACCUUCUGGGGAUCUGAUAAGCAAAUAAGGCUUCAGCUGGCUGUGCAGACUUUGCAGAUGUCUUCUCGUACUCCUGUGGAAUCUAAGCCUUGUGAGUGCCCCAAUCCAGAGUCUGGGGCAGAGCCAUCUUCCAGGAAGAGCAGAUUUGAUAAACUGGAAGAGUUCUGUAACUUGAUAGGAGAGGAUUGUCUGGGCCUCUUCAUCAUCUUUGGUGUGCCAGGAAAGCCGAAAGACAUCAGAGGAGUUGUCCUAGACAGCGUCAAAAGUGAAACGGCGAGGGGCCAUCUGCCGGGAGGGAAGGCUGUGGCACAGUUUGUCCUGGAAACCGAAGACUGCGUCUCCAUCAGAGAGCUGCUUGGAAACUGUCUGAGCAAGAAAGACGGGCUCAGAGAGGUGGGCAAGGUUUAUAUUAGCAUCCUCUGAACUGGAUUUGUGUGAUGAGACUGGCCGGUGAGAUGAAAAGAAAGAGACAUUUUAUUCUAAUAAGCAAUCUUAUCCACUAGUAUCAUCCCAGCAUGGAAUUCCACCCUCAGUCAAAAUGUUUGUGUCACAAUUAUGGUGAGAGGAAAACUUUGCCUAUGUUGUAGGGAAAACUGACAGUUUAGCUUAAUCUUUCAUCUAUUUACUCAGUAAUAA